GACUAAACAGAACGCAGUCUUCACCAACAGAUGAAAAUGAGCCUUACGUGAACGCUGGUCAACGUAUGUUGAUAAGAUUUUGUUGAAUCAUACUGAACACCACUUCUGAACCAUAAGACUGAACUGGACCCAAAAAUGGCCACUCUAUCAUAAUACAAACUAAGGAUACAGGACAUGGAUCAGACUAAGCAAAAGAUAGACAUGCUAAAGCAGGACAUGCGUAUGCUGAAGAAGGAAUUAGGUGUAUUAGAGCAGGAGAGAGAGCUCAAGCAGCAUACAGAUCAGAUUAAACAGGAGAUUGAUCAGCUUAUACAGGAGAGGGAUCUGGUUAGGCAGGAUAGAUUUCAGUUGAAGCAAGAAAGGGAUCAGUUGAAGCAGGAGAGAGAUCAGUUAAAGCAGGUGACGGAUAAGUUGAAGCAGGAGAUGGGUCAGUUUAAGCAGGGGAGGGAUCAGUUAAAGCAAGAAAGAGAUCAGAUUAAACAGGAAAGAGAUCGAUUAAAGCAGGAGACGUUUCAGUUGAAGCAGAAAAAGGAUCAGUUGAAAAAGGGGAUUGAUAGGUUUAAGCUGGAGAGGGAUGAGCUCGAGCGGGAGAUAGAUACGCUGCAGGAGAUACGUACUAGGCAGACGUUACUGAUGGAGGAUGAACAUGAUAAGCCGAAGAAGACUUGGGACACGUAUGCGACAGACAAGAAGAAAACGAUGAAGCAGUCCACCAACGACAUGAAGCAACCUCAAACUAAGGUACGCAGGGGACAGGCGAGAUUGGAGAAGAAGAAACGGCAAGAGGAGAGACACAGACAGAAAGUAGUCGGUAACAGACAACCGGAGGAGCAAAAUGAAGAUGCCAACACAGUUCUCGUUAAGGACAUGAGCUUACUCAGCAUAUAAUAUAAUAAUAAAGCCAUCCAGAAACAAUGUACAUGCAUAGGUUAUAAUAUAGGAGAUUAGAGUCUAUCUCUUAUACCAUCUCUGGCAAAAAUUAAGCAGAAAUAUUUAAAGGUAUUUGAAACUUCUCAACCAUCCAUUUGAAAGUGACAUCUUUGCAAGACGUAUCUACAUGUACAUGUAGUACAUGUACAUGUACUUUCAGCAUGAAUUUCUGUGUGUGUAACAACCAUUUGCUGUCUUUCAGUUAGAUGUAUCAUGUACAGAAUGAAUUUCCUUACGAACAGUUGUGUUAUUGUUUUUAUGGGUUCACCACACCACGAAGUGGUGUGGUG